UUUAAAGUUCAUUAUUGUAUAUGUGUGAUAUAUUUUUGAUGUAAAAAUUGUGUACAUAGUUAGUUAAAUUAUUUUAAACCAUGUCGAGUAAUUGUGUUGAAGUCACGCCCGAAAAUAUAGCGGCUGCCGAAAAAUUCAAAGAAGAAGCUAAUGAAUAUUUUAAAAAACAAGAUUACGAGCGGGCUAUAGAUUUAUACAAUAAAGCAAUUGAAGCAAAUCCAAAUAAUGCUAUUUAUUACUCAAAUAGAAGCAUUUCGCAUCUUAGAACAGAAAGUUUUGGUUAUGCUCUUAGUGAUGCAUCGAAAGCGAUUGACUGUGAUAAGACUUAUAUCAAAGGUUAUUAUAGAAGAGCAGCUGCCCAUAUGUCUUUGGGCAAAUUCAAGGCUGCUCUUAAGGAUUUUGAAUAUGUAGUAAAAGCUAGACCUAAUGACAAAGAUGCUAAAUUGAAGUACAACGAAUGUAAUAAGAUUGUAAAAAAAUUAGCCUUUGAAAAGGCUAUAGCUGUUGAUAAGCCAGAGAAAAAUAUUGCUGAUACUAUUGAUUUUGCUGCAAUGUCUAUUGAGGAUGACUAUGCGGGUCCUAAAUUGGAAGAUGAUAAAGUCACCUUAAAAUUUAUGAUGGACCUCAUGGAAACAUACAAAAAACAACAAAAGCUCCAUAGAAAAUAUGCUUACAAGAUUUUGGUAGAUGUUAAAACCUAUUUGAUGACCCAACCAUCGCUCGUGGAUGUAACUAUUCCUGAUGAAUCCAAAUUCACAGUUUGUGGAGAUGUUCAUGGUCAAUUUUACGAUUUAAUGAAUAUAUUUGCAUUGAAUGGUUUGCCCUCGCCUGAUAAUCCUUAUUUGUUUAAUGGUGACUUUGUUGAUAGAGGCUCAUUUUCUGUUGAAUGUAUAUUUACACUUUUUGGAUUCAAGUUGUUGUAUCCGGAUAGCUUUUUUAUGUCUAGAGGUAAUCAUGAAAGUUCCACAAUGAAUCAAAUGUAUGGAUUUGAAGGAGAAGUGAAAGCAAAGUAUACAAAAAACAUGGCAGAACUGUUUACAGAAGUAUAUAAUUGGUUGCCUUUAGCACAUUGUUUAAACAAAAGAGUUUUGGUAAUGCAUGGUGGUCUAUUUUCCACUGACGAUGUUACUAUCGAUGAUAUCAGGCAAAUUGAUAGGAAUAGACAACCCCCUGAUGAAGGUCUUAUGUGUGAGUUAUUGUGGUCCGAUCCUCAACCACAAAACGGCAGGUCACCAAGUAAAAGAGGAGUUGGUUGUCAAUUUGGACCAGAUGUUACUCAUAAAUUCUUGGAGAAGAACAAUCUUGACUAUGUAAUUCGUAGCCAUGAAGUCAAAUCUGAAGGUUAUGAGGUUGCUCAUGAUGGGAAGUGCAUUACUGUUUUUUCUGCACCUAAUUAUUGUGAUACAAUGGGAAACAAAGGUGCUUUUAUCAAAUUAAAGGGCAAGACGAUGAUCCCAGAAUAUGUCUCAUUCUCGGCAGUGCCGCAUCCUGAUGUUAAACCAAUGGUAUACGCAAAUUCCUUGUUGAACAUGAUGUGUUGAUCACCAUCACAUCUCAUUUGGAAUGGUUUACGUAUUUAUUUGUGCAAGUUUUUUGUGAUUUUUACACAAAGUUUGGGAUUACUGCCAGUUGAUCCAGUGAAUUAAUGAAAUUAAAUUGUAUCCCAGUGCUCGACAUUUGUUAUAAUCUUGAAAGUUAUGUUAAAAUAUUUUUAAUACUGUAUUUUCUUGUAUGUAGCUCUUUUAAGCCAAAU